AAAAUCUCACAACAAAAUUAAAAAAACAAAAAAGGAAAAAUGGAAAAUCGUUGCUCCCCUGCCCUUUCUUCUUCUUUCUGACUUGGGUUUCCAGAGCCGCUCCAAACUCUGCAAAACCGAUAAAUCCCUACCCGUUUGCCAUUGCAAUCUCUCUCCCUCUCUCUCUCUCUCUCUCUCUCUCUCUCUCAUUGAAACUGGCCGCACGAUUUGCGGACCUCUCAUCACAGCCAUUGAAGCCGGCGACUUCUGCGACGAUGACCUCCAUCACGUCCGUCGAGUUGAAUUUCCUAGUCUUUCGUUACCUUCAGGAAUCAGGCUUCACACACUCAGCUUUUGCUUUAGGAUAUGAGGCCGGUAUCAACAAAUGCACAAUAGAUGGAAAUUUGGUUCCACCUGGUGCCCUCAUUACAUUUAUACAAAAAGGACUUCAGUACUUGGAGAUGGAAGCUAACUUGAGUAAUAGUGAUGCAGAUUUGGAUGAAGAUUUCUCAUUUUUACAACCUUUAGAUCUUAUCACGAAGGAUGUAAAUCAACUAAGGCAAAUGAUUACAGAGAAAAGGAAGAAUUCACAGAUGGACAAAGACAAAGAUAAAGAGCACGAGUCUUAUCAAAAGAAAGAUAAAGAUAAGGAGCUUGAAAAAGAACAUGACGGAGAACGUGCACGAGUAAGAGAGAAAGAAAGAAAAGAAAGGGAGAAAGAUUUCGAAAAGGAUAGAGAGAGGAUAGAAAAGAAUAAGGAGCGAGAAAAGCAGCGUGAGGACCGCAAUGACAGAGAUGUAGUUAGAGAUCAGGAAGAUAAAGUUAAUGUCAGACAUGAAGAAAAUGGAGCUUCUGGAGAUAUUAGAAGAUAUAGACACUUGUUUCUGGAGCCUACUAGGAUGCAGGAAAAGUUUAUCCAUUCAAACAUCUGCUUAGCUGAACCAAUGGAUAUUCCUCUUACAGAUGUUGAAAUCCCUAGUUCUGAUGUGACAAUUUUGGAGGGGCAUACUAAUGAGGUAUGUGCUUGUGCAUGGAGUCCAGCAGGUUCCCUUCUUGCAUCAGGGUCUGGAGAUUCGACAGCUCGUAUUUGGACCAUUGCUGAUGGAAGCUCCAGAUUUAGUUCACAAAAUGGUUCCUCAAAUGUGUUGGUGCUGAAGCAUGUUAAGGGUAGAACAAAUGAAAAGAGUAAAGAUGUGACGACGCUUGACUGGAAUGGAGAGGGAACAAUGCUUGCAACCGGGUCGUAUGAUGGGCAAGCAAGAAUUUGGAGUACAAAGGGUGAAUUAAUUAGUACUUUGAGCAAACAUAAGGGACCUAUAUUCUCUCUAAAGUGGAACAAAAAGGGAGAUUAUCUUCUUACAGGAAGCUGCGAUAAAACUGCAAUUGUGUGGGACGUAAGGGCAGAGGAACCGAAACAACAAUUUGAAUUUCAUUCAGGUCCAACUCUUGAUGUUGACUGGCGCAACAAUGUCUCCUUUGCAAUGAGCUCAACAGACAAUAUGAUAUAUGUCUGCAAGAUUGGGGAAAACCACCCUGUUAAAACUUUUGCGGGACAUCAGGGAGAAGUUAAUUGUGUUAAAUGGGAUCCAACUGGUUCAUUGUUGGCUUCAUGUUCUGACGAUAGCACUGCAAAGAUAUGGAGCAUGAAGCAGGAAAAAUAUGUUCAUGAUUUAAGAGAGCAUUCUAAGGAGAUAUACACUAUCAGAUGGAGUCCCACUGGACCAGGAACAAACAACCCUAACCAACAGUUAGUCCUAGCUAGUGCAUCAUUUGACUCCUUUGUGAAGCUAUGGGAUGUGGAACAAGGAAAGCUUCUCUGCAGCUUGGAUGGACACAGGGAACCUGUUUAUUCUGUUGCUUUUAGCCCAAAUGGUGAGUAUUUGGCCAGUGGAUCUCUUGAUAAAUCCAUGCAUAUCUGGUCACUGAAGGAACGCAAGAUUGUGAAAACGUACACUGGAAGUGGCGGUAUAUUUGAAGUCUGCUGGAACAAGGAAGGCGACAAACUUGCUGCAUGUUUUGCCAACAACACAGUGUGCGUCUUGGAUUUUAGAAUGUAGAACUGGAAAUGCCAAACCUGUCUUGUAUUGGAAGUUGGUGGUCAAUUCCCAGUCGUAGAUUAGUUCUUCGUAUUUGAUUAGGAUGGAUGGCGAGUGUGUUUUAGGUGCGUAGGCAUUGCAUUUUAACCGUAGAUCAAGGCUCGGCUCGCUAAUGUUCAUUUUGUUCGUAAGCUCGUUUCCUGAUUCAAGUGUUAAUCGAGCCGCUUUUCUAGGAGAGGUGUACAGGAUUGUUUUCAACAUUUUUAGUUAGGCUUGUUAGUGUAGUUUGCUUCUCUCUCAAGGUAUGUACGGCAUGCUACUGAAGAUUCUCAGGAAGGCUGUUAUUCCAACUAUUUUUCUGGUUU